GUGGACUGGACUGAACUGAACAGGUGACGACCCACCGGCCCACCUGAGUCCGAUCCCCCCGCAGCGACGGUGGAAAGACCUUCGUCAGGUUUCAGGAGACUGAUAUGAGCAAGCUCCUUUGGACAAUAGCCCACUACCAUUAGUCUCUGGGCCGGCAGCCAUGUGUGUAGGCAUAUACACUGAGAGCUGAGAGCCCUUCCACAGUACUGGAAAAAGGUUUAGAGGGUGGUGGCACCGCCUGGGUGAAGCCAUGGCAGGGUGGAGACUGGCCACCCUCCUUUGCCUCCUUGGGUUCCUCAACGAAGCAUCCAUGUACCUCUCCAGCCAACGCCAAAGGUCUCGUUUGCAGAGGGACAGACGCCAUGCUCGCCCAAAUAUUAUCCUCAUCCUCACCGAUGACCAGGACAUAGAGCUUGGCUCCAUGCUAGCCAUGAACAAAACCAAGCACAUAAUGAUGCAGGGAGGUACUCACUUCUCUAAUGCAUUUUCCACCACUCCCAUGUGCUGCCCAUCACGGUCUUCCAUUCUUACUGGGAAAUAUGUGCACAACCACCACACCUACACCAACAAUGAGAACUGCUCAUCUCCUUCAUGGCAGGCUCACCAUGAGCCUUACACUUUUGCUGUUCACCUCAACAAUUCAGGCUACAGGACUGCUUUCUUUGGGAAGUAUUUAAAUGAGUACAAUGGCUCGUAUGUGCCACCUGGCUGGAGAGAAUGGGUAGCACUAGUGAAGAACUCCCGCUUCUACAACUACUCUCUGUGCAGAAAUGGGGUCCGUGAGAAACAUGGCAUGGAGUAUCACAAGGACUACCUCACUGAUAUUAUCACGAAUGAUAGUAUCAACUUCUUCCGAAUGUCAAAGAGAUUGUACCCCCACCGACCUGUGAUGAUGGUGCUGAGUCAUGUAGCUCCACAUGGCCCAGAAGAUGCAGCGCCCCAGUAUAGCAGAGCCUUCCCCAACGCCUCGCAGCAUAUCACCCCGAGCUACAAUUAUGCGCCAAACCCCGACAAGCACUGGAUCCUGCGAUACACAGGUGCCAUGAAGCCUGUUCACAUGCAGUUCACCAACAUGCUGCAGAGACGAAGACUGCAGACGCUGCUCUCAGUGGAUGACAGCGUGGAAAAGGUCUAUAAUAUGUUGGUGGAAAUGGGUGAAAUAGACAACACUUACCUCAUCUAUAUGUCUGACCACGGAUACCACAUUGGCCAGUUUGGCCUUGUAAAGGGCAAAUCCAUGCCUUAUGAGUUUGACAUCCGUGUGCCUUUUUACAUACGAGGACCCAACGUGGAAGCAGGCAGCAUUAACUCCAACAUAGUUCUCAACAUCGACUUAGCUCCCACCCUGCUGAAUAUGGCUGGGCUGGACAUUCCUGUGGACAUGGAUGGGAAAUCCAUUCUGAAGCUCCUGGAAACUGACAGACCAGUCAAUAGGUUUCAGUCAAACAAGAAGGGAAAGGUUUGGAGAGACUCUUUCCUGGUGGAGAGAGGAAAGCCUCUGCAUAAACUGUCAGAUGGAAAGGAAGAAACACGUGGGAACUCUCUGCCAAAAUACCAGCGGGUACGAGAUCUGUGCCAGAAAGCAGAGUACCAGACUCCAUGUGAGCAACCAGGACAGAAGUGGCAGUGUUUGGAGGACUCCUCAGGUGUGCUAAGACUGUAUAAGUGUAAGGGAAUGGCAGGGCUCUAUGCCCUGCGAGUUCAGGGUCUGAUGGCUGGUGAUGCUCGGCUGUACCAGUCUGGGUCAGCUCUUCAUCACUGCGACUGUGAUCCUUCUGCACCCUUCGACAGGAAGAAGCUGCUCACCACAAGAAGGCUGAAGCCAAAGAAUACUGUGCCCCGGAAUCGCUGGGCCCGUUCGCUUCCACCUGACCUGGACAGCAAAGUUUAUACCCUGGACCUGGAGCAGGGCUACCGGCCCAUUGUCCCCAAGAACAGCAGUCAAACCCUGGGCAGGAAACAGGCUCUUUAUGGAGCUAACGAAGAGUUCAGUGGAAUGGAACCUACAGACACUGGACACACCCUGCCCACAGCCCUCAAAGUCACCUAUAGGUGUUCAAUAUUGACGAAUGACACAGUGAAAUGUGAUGGUGGACUAUACAAAUCACUACAGGCCUGGAAAGACCACAAACUACACAUUGAACAUGAGAUUGAGACACUACAGACUAAAAUAAAAAACCUCAAAGAGGUCAAAGGUCAUCUGAUAAAGGUGCGGCCAAAGGAAUGUGAAUGCCACCACAAUAUUUACCAAUACAAGAACAAAGCAUUCUUCAGACCCCAGUCAGGCCAGGUACAUUCUCUAAGAUUGUCUAAGGAUAUGAAGCAGUGGCUUGUAAAGGAACAUAAACGCAGAAAAAAGCUGCGGAAACUGCUCAAGCGACUCCGAAACAACGACACCUGCAGCAUGCCUGGCCUCACCUGCUUCACUCAUGAUAACCAACACUGGCACACUGCCCCCUUCUGGACAAUGGGGCCAUUCUGUGCUUGUACCAGUGCCAACAAUAACACCUACUGGUGCCUGCGAACUAUCAACGGCACACACAACUUCCUGUUUUGUGAAUUUGCUACGGGAUUCCUGGAAUAUUUCGACCUUAACACAGACCCUUACCAGCUGAUAAAUGCAGUCAGUACGCUGGAUCGUGAUGCACUCAACCACAUGCAUCAGCAGCUCGUGAAGUUUCGCAGCUGCAAAGGUCAAAAACAGUGCAGUCCUGAGGCAGGGGCCAAAGAACGAAACGUCUAUAAUGAUUACAGGCCCCUUCAUCGCCGAAAGAGACCAAAAGUGAAGAAACCCUCUUCCAAAUCAAUGGGGCAGAUCUGGGAAGGAUGGGUGGGCUAAAUGUGUCCCUGCUCACAGCCUAUGAAGAAGAAACAGAAGCAAGAAAUAUCAGAUCCUGGGACUCUUAUGCACAUAUUACAUGCUUUCAAUCUUGACAAUUUGAACAAAAAAUGUGGAAGACUUAGAAGACUUAGGUUAAGAGACAUCUUACAGUGGCAAUACACACUCUCUCUACCCCCUUACUCCCUCUCGCUCUUUCAGUACUGGUACACCUCUGAUUUCAGUUAUAACCAUUACCAAACUUUUAAUCAAUUUUGAACUUUUGAAAGUUGUGGAUAUUUAAACUGCAGGAACCUGAAUUUCUUGCAUAUCAACUUGGGACUGAAGUUUUGAAAAUUGUAACACUUUUAUCAGUAAUGGAAGUGUGUGUUGGAUUGUGACACUUCACUUACAGCCACAUGCUAUUAUGAGUCCAGCUCUACCACCCAGCAGUUCACCUUGAUGACUCAUCAGUUUUGAUCAAAUACUUGGCAAAUCUUCAUACAAUGGCGUUUGUCAUUGUUUCUCAACAAAGUGGCUGUAUUAUGCAAACACAUAUUUUUUUCCACGUUAUUGAUGAUGCAUGUACAGUUUCAGUUCCAUGUGAUCAUGUUGUAUAUAUAUUCUCAAAAGGACUUCUUAUCAAACACUGAGUAAGAUGCUUGGUAACUAUAAAUCCUGCAAAGGUAUUUCAAAGGGUAACCCUCUGAGCUAUUGGGACUUUUGAUCUAAUUUCAUAUUACACACCUCAUCUUGUUUAAUGGUAUAUUACCUGCUAGCUGUAUAAUUUUGCUAACUGCUUACUGACUUUUUUAAUGUGGUGCUACUGUAUAUUGAGACUGGAUGGUUGAUGGAUAGUAUGUAUUUGAAUGUGAAAUAAUUUCUUUUCUUUCUUUCUUCUUUUUUUUUGUUUUUUUUUGUUUUGUUUUGUUUUUUUUUUACAAAACUGCACAUACAGAAAUGACUCUUUUAUCGAUCCAAAACGAAGCGGUGUCUUUAACAGUUUUAAACUGAUCUGAAAGCACAAGUAACCUACUCCUUAUAAACUGUUCAGUCAUAUCCUAACUUAAUAUGACAAAUGUUAUAGUCCUAUUCACUGACCGUGAAAUGUGGAUAGCUGAGUAAGAGUCUCCAGUUCAGUAGUUUGUAAAUAAAGUCCGCAGCCUA